GGGUCUCGAUGUUGCCAUUGCCGACAAUGUUCAUUCAUCUUCUUGGUUGGGGCGCAGAUGUGAUGACGUGCAAGGUGGGCCUUGGUGUCGUUAUCUUUCUCUCUCUCUCUCUCUCUGCGCUCGAUAUUAACAGAAGGAGAGGUGAAGAAGCGGGGUGCUCGUAGCGGUCCUGGUGUUCUUGUUCUUGGUUCAUGUAUUUCUUCUUCAUGUCAAGGGGAUGGAGGGGUUUGGAGCCGAACUGGGAGGGGUUGAAGGUGGGGUUGGUGAGCACGGCAUUGGGGUUCUUUGGGUUCGGGGCGGGGCUGACGGCGGGCGUCGUCGUCGGGUACUACAUCUUCAUUCACUUCCAGCCUUCCGAUGUCAAGGAUCCUAAAAUUCGUCCACUUGUUGAAGAUGAUACCCAAUCAUUGGAACGCAUGCUUCCUGAAAUCCCCCUGUGGGUGAAGUAUUCAGACUAUGACCGAAUUGAUUGGUUAAAUAAAAUAGUGGAAUUGAUGUGGCCUUAUCUCGAUAAGGCUAUCUGCAGAACUGCAAAACAAGUUGCAGAGCCAGUAAUUGCAGAAAAUGCUCUGAAGUAUAAAAUAAAUUCAGUUCAAUUUGAAACGCUCACUCUUGGUUCACUACCUCCAGCAUUUCAUGGAAUGAAAGUUUACAUUACAGAAGAGAACGAGCUUACUCUGGAACCAUCACUAAAAUGGGCUGGGAAUCCCAAUGUCAUUACUGUUAUUAAAGCCUAUGGAUUAAGAUUGACCAUACAGAUGGUAGAUUUGCAAAUCUUUGCUGCUCCACGCAUUACUUUAAAGCCAUUGGUUCCCAGUUUUCCUUGUUUUGCAAAAAUCUGUAUGUCUCUCACAGAAAAGCCACAUGUUGAUUUUGGUCUCAAACUUCUUGGGGCUGAUCUUAUGGCAAUUCCUGGUCUUUACAGAUUUGUUCAGGAGACUAUUAAAAACCAAGUUGCAAAUAUGUUCCUGUGGCCUAGAAUCCUGGAAGUGCCAGUUCUGGAUGUCUCAAGAGCCUCAAAGAAGCCUGUUGGCAUUCUCCAUGUGAAGAUCAUCAAAGCAUACAAAUUAAGAAAGUUGGAUUUUUUUGGAAAAUCAGACCCAUAUGUGAAACUUAAGCUUUCUGAUGAGAAGCUUCCAUCAAAAAAGACAUCUGUGAAGCAUAGCAAUCUUGACCCUGAAUGGAAUGAGGAAUUCAAGUUUGUUAUCAAAGAUCCAGAAAAUCAAGUUGUGGAGCUUAAUGUCUAUGACUGGGAGAAGGUGGGUAAACAUGAAAGAAUGGGCAUGAAUGUUAUUCAGUUGAAUGAGCUUACCCCUGAUGGGCCAAAAACUCUGACACUCAAUUUGCUUAAGAAUCUCGAAAGUAGAGAUGUUCAGAGUGACGAAUCGCAUGGACAAAUUGUUGUGGAAGUGAAAUACAAGCCCUUUAAGGAAGAAGAUCUGUCAAAAGAUAUUAGUGAGAACGCAGAUGCCGUAGAAGACUCUCCUGAUUAUGGUCCAUCAGGUGGUGGUUUGCUUGUUAUCAUUGUUCAUGAAGCUCACGAUCUUGAGGGCAAACACCACACAAACCCAUAUGCAAGGAUCCUCUUUAGAGGAGAAAAGAGAAAAACGAAGCACAUAAAGAGUAACAGAGAUCCAAGAUGGGAGGAGGAGUUUCAAUUUGUGUGCGAGGAACCCCCAGUUAAUGAUAAAAUGCAAGUGGAGGUACUCAGUAAAGCACCAAUUAUUGGCAUAUACUCUAAGGAAAUUUUGGGAUAUGUCACCAUUAGCCUCGCAGAUGUUGUGAACAGCAAGAGAACCAAUAAUACAUAUCAUCUCAUCGACUCCAACAAUGGCCAAAUUCAAAUAGAGAUGCAGUGGAAGACUUCUUAGAGCUUUCAAACGAACUAAUCCCAGCACCGGCUUAGUAUUUGAAACAUGAGGGAAGAAGUUUCAUGGUAAAGAUAUUUGGCUCAAGAAUCACCUUUUUGUUUGUAUUCUUGAUAAUAUGAUGUUUGUGUUAUCGUGGUACAGAUGUAAAUUUGAUGACAAAAUAAUCCAGUCUUCGUGAGUGUAUGGGUCUCUUAUUGGAUAAAUAAAGCUGGGAUUAUAUCAAUUUG